AUGGUUGGUGGAUGGAAAGAGUUUGCUUUGAUUAUUAUAAAAUUGAUGGCUUUAUCUGGAUUCUAAGAUUAAGAAACUUUUGAUUAGUUGAAUAAUCAUCUUGACUAAGUGAAAGAACAAAAAUUAAAUAAGAGUGACAUAAUUCUUACUUAUUCCAUGAUAACUAAUAUGUCUAUCGUCACACAAAAGAAUUAAAAAGCUUAAAAUCUGCUGAUAAUAAGAUAAAAUGAUCAAAAUUAAAUAAUUAUUUAAGAUAGCGAUAAGAGUAAUCAUCAAAAAAUCAAAGAGUUGGAAAUUGAAAAACUUUCUUCUUAAUAAUCACCCCAAGUCGAAUGGUUACCAAUAAUUUAGAAGCACAAUUUUGACCAAACCCAAGAUAAAUAAAUUCCCCUACAUAAAUAAAACUAAUUACAAUCCAAGAGGAAAGCAAGAUCUACAGAAAAAUGUGGACACUAAAUUGGUCAAUAAUACUAGAUUUUAAAAGAUUAAUAAAUAGAGAAUCCUAAAUUUGAUGAUGCUUCUCAAGAAUAAAAUAUGAUCAAAUUUCAGUUCAACAUUAUUAGCAUCCAAAUAUCAUCAUCAAUAAAUAAUAGUCAAUAGUUAAUGAAGCAGGAUUAAGCAAUCAUUCAUGAAGAAUAAAAAUCAACGUAAUAAAAUGACGAUUUUUAAUUUGGCAAGGAUCGAAAUUUUGUCCAGUCUUUGUCAACUUGCAACAAAAAUUAAAUGCAACAAGUAGCAUCGCUAGGUAAAAGUGAACUUUUUUAAGAAGAAUAAAAACAUAUCGAUUCAAACAAAGAAUCCUAAGAAGUUAUGAUAGCAAGUUAAAAUUCUAUUGAAAUGUAUGGUGAUAAUUUUCGUAAACAAAACUCUUAGGAUAAUCAAAUUUAAGUAUUAGCAGAAGUACCUAAGGACUAUAGUGAUAAGCAUAUUCUAGUGGUUCUAUAGCAGGACCCUGUCUACUAGCAUCUAAGACUUAAAAAAGUUUAGAAAGAAGAACAAGCCUUACUUCAAAGUCUUAAAUUAUUAAAAGAAAUAAAUUUGAAUCCUCGUAAUAAAACCACUUUUCUCUUCUAUAAUAAGAAAGAUGAAAAGUUGAUUUUAGGCUUAAAUGAUUCUUAGACACAGGUAUACUCUAUAAAAGAUGAUUAGGAAUGGGAGUUAGCCUUACCCAAUACCCCUAUUUCAAUUUUCAAUCAUGAAGAUUAAAUCUAUUGUGGCUUGCUUUCUAAAUAAGUUGCUGUCAUUGAUUAAAAAGAGUAUGAGGUGAAAGAGAUUAUAGAUACUUCGGAAGUUGUCACAAAAAUAAUAUUCUAUGAUCACCAAGAUCAUCAAAGUAAGAAUAGUAAAUAAUAUUUGGUCUUUCUCGAAGAAAAAGGGUGGAUAGAAAUUUAUUGCCUACAAAAUGUUUCCGUAAUUUUUACCUAUUAGCACAAGUGCUAAAUGGAUAUAAAAGAUGGGAUCCAGGUUUAUAAUUCAAACCAGCUUUGCCUUGGAUUCUCUCAUCUUGUGUAGAAUGCAUAUAAGGAUGGUCAGCUCUCCUUUAUCAAAAUAUUAAUGCCUGGAAAAGAUUAAUAAGAAUUUUAGAUUGAGGAAUUAGAAAAUGUUGAGUAUUUCAACAGUAAGUCCGUAUUUUGUGUCUCACAAAUUUCAAUUAACUGCUUUAUCGCUUUUGGCAUUCAUAAGAACAUCUUUUUCUUUAACAGAAAAUAGCCUAAAAGCAUCUCACAAAUAUAUAAUCCUUCAGGUAGUAUAAACUAUAACUCAUUGAUAAAGAUUGAUGGAUUCGGAGAAGAUCGUCCCUAUUUGAUUUACAGAGAUUCUAAAUCACUUGGAGUGAUUAAUUGCAAGUCAUUGGAUGUAUUUACACUGGUUAAAGGAAUUGAAUAUGCAAGAUGUGGGAACUUAUUUUGCUUAGAGUAAUCUAAGGGUGAAAAAGAGGGUAUACUUAGCUUGUCUACUAUGAUUUAUGAUAAAAUUUCAAGUUAGAGAUAGAUAAGAAUUUACUCACUCAAUAUUGACUAAAAAUGA